AUGACCUCGACCAAGACAGUGUCCAAACCUAUUCCAAUCACCCUGCUCUCGGGUUUCCUGGGAUCUGGUAAGACCACGCUGCUGCAGAAAAUUCUGACUUCGGACCAUGGACUCAAAAUUGCCGUGAUCAUUAAUGACAUGGCAGAGGUCAACAUCGACUCUGCUUUGAUUCAGAACAACAGAGUGUGCCAGAAAGAAGAGAAACUGAUCCAGCUGCAAAACGGAUGUAUUUGCUGCACACUUCGUGGAGAUUUGUUGGAAGAGCUUGUCGGUAUUUGCGAGGCCGGCGACAUCGACUACAUUGUCAUUGAGUCGACCGGUAUCGCAGAGCCCAUGCAGGUGGCAGAGACCUUCGCCCAGGAAUUCUCGGACGUUUUGCUCAACAUGCCAGGCGGAAUCGCAGAAGAGGAAGAAGCGAUUUUGAAUAAAGUAUCCGCAAUGGGCGGCUUGCAGUCCAUCGCCAAGAUCGACACUUGUGUCACAGUCAUCGACGCUUUGAACUUUUUGGCCAACGUCAACACCACGCAGUUUUUGGCCGACAGAUGGGGCGAAUCCGGCCAGGGCGAAUCGGAGCGUACUAUCACGGACUUGCUGAUCGACCAGAUCGAGUUUUCCGACAUCGUCAUUGUCAACAAGAAAAGCUUGGUGAACAAGAAGAAAAUGCAGAAGAUCAAGAACAUGAUCAAGGCCUUAAAUCCGCUGUGUAAAGUCAUGACGGCAGACUACUGCGACAUUCCCUUGGACUCUGUGCUCAACACCGGUUUGUACGACUACGAAAAGGCGUCCACGGCUGCCGGAUGGUUGCAAAGUAUCAACGAACUAAGCGCCAGAGAAGGUUUUGGAGCAGACAAGAAAAAGAGAGUUCUAACGCCAAAGCCAGAAACCGAGGAAUACAAUGUAAACAACUUUGUUUACCGCCAAAGAAGACCAUUCCACCCUGAGAGGCUGUACGAAAUGCUUAGAGACAAGUUCUUUGUCAUUGAACAAACUGGUGUUGAUGAGGUGGAUGGACAAGACGCCGAAGGCGGAGUUGAAGGUAAUGAUGAUGAUGAUGACGAAGAAAUAGAAGACGACGACAAAGAAGAGGAAGAAGAAGAGGAAGAGGAGGAGGAGCUCUCGGAGGCACAGAUAAACAAAAACAGAUCCAACUCGCCAUUUGGCGCUGUAUUGCGUUCUAAGGGUUUUUUCUGGCUCGCUACCAGAUUCAUUGUCAGAGGUGAAUGGUCUAGUGCUGGGCCAAUGUUAACGGUGAAGGGUGGUCUACCUUGGUUCGACAUUUCUGGAUUCGAAGACGUCCCACCAGAGGCUCUUGAGCUCAUCAAGAAAGACUUUGAAGGUGCUUACGGUGAUCGUCGUAACGAGCUGGUGUUCAUUGGUGUUCGCAUCAACGUCAAGGCUUUGACCGAAGCUCUCGACACUUGUUUGUUGAACGACAAAGAAUUUGAACUAUUCCAGAAAAUUACAAAGAAGAACAAUGCUUUGGAAGCCGAUGAAGAGUUGGCUAAAGUUUGGGAUGACGGUUUCGAAGACUGGAUGAUUUUUGGAGAUGCGGGCGAUGAUGAACCCGAGGAGGAGCAGCAGGAUGAGAAAUAA